AUGGUUUUCUACUACAUCUCCAGCGUGGUCGAUCCACCAGCGUCGGUUUAUGUUGGCAAGGACAAGUUCGAGAACGAGCAUCUUAUAAAGCACGGAUGGGAGGAAGAUGUCUGGUUCCACGUAGACAAGCUGUCGAGCGCACAUAUCUAUCUGCGGUUGAGAGACGGCGAAACCUGGGACAACAUACCCGAGCCUCUCCUCACAGAUCUGGCGCAGCUCACCAAGGCCAACUCUAUUGAGGGUAACAAGAAGGACAACAUCACCAUCAUAUAUACGCCCUGGUCGAACCUCAAGAAGGAUGGCAGCAUGGCGACGGGAGCAGUCAGCUUCCACGAUGACAGGAAGGUCAGACGAAUCCUCGUACACCAGCGGGAGAAUGCCAUUGUCAACAGGCUCAACAAGACCAAGGUCGAGAAGCACCCGGAUCUCAGGCAGGAGAAGGAGGACCGGCUGAAGGAGCUGCGCAAGAAGGACCAGGCCACACAGCAGGCUCGGAAAAAGGAAGAGGCCCGGCUGAAGAAGGAGUAUGAGCAGCAAAAGUAUCAAAAGGACCACGCCUACGACUUUAUCAACAACGAGGAGGAGAUGGAGGCAACGAGCAACCAGAACAGAGAUGAGGACUGGGAGGAUGAUUUCAUGUAG